AUGCAAUGCGUCCGGAACUGCGAUGCGAAGGACCCCACGAAACGGGCCUACUUCAACCAGCCCGUCCUCCAGACGGCACAAAUGUUCGUUGGAGAGAUGGGUUGCUGGCUGGUCAUCGGUCUGAUGAAGCUAUAUCGUCGCUACAGACCCGGAACAGACCCCACGGCCAAUGGCUACGAGGCCGUGAACACGAAUGAUACCGAUAUUGCGGAUGCCCCUCUUGUCGGCAAUGUCGAUGGACCUCCAAAACCUCAAGAAGAUGGCAGUGAUGCUAUCCUGCGCGGCCCCCGUAUCUUGUUGUUGGCGCUCCCAGCCAUCUGCGACAUUCUCGGCACAACGCUGAUGAACAUUGGUCUCUUGUUGGUUGCAGCCUCCAUCUACCAAAUGACUCGCGGCGCUCUUGUUCUUUUUGUUGGAGUUUUCAGCGUUAUAUUCCUCAAGCGUCGACUUUUUUUGUUUCAGUGGCUGUCUCUAGUCGGUGUUGUCACGGGCGUCGCAAUCGUCGGCUUGGCUGGUGCCAUCUACCAUGAGAACACGAACGAGGCUGAAAGAAGCAUCGAAGAAGGCUCUCCCGAGUCCAACGCCUUGCUAACUGUUAUAGGUGUUCUUCUUAUUGCUGGCGCGCAGAUCUUCACCGCUACACAAUUUGUUCUGGAAGAAUGGAUUCUGGAGAGGUCAUCCAUUGAACCUAUCCGUGUUGUUGGAUUUGAAGGCCUUUUUGGUUUCACUGUCACUGUCAUUGGCAUGAUUCUCUUGCACCUGGUCAUUGGACAAACCGACUCUGGACGCAACGGAUACUUUGACAUGGCAGAGGGCUGGAGGCAGCUCACACAGAAUAAAGCCAUCGGAAUCUCUAGCAUCCUGAUCAUGAUCAGCAUCGGUGGUUUCAACUUCUUCGGUCUCUCCGUCACCAGAAGCGUCAGCGCUACCUCGAGAUCUACCAUUGAUACGUGCAGGACUCUCUUCAUCUGGAUUGUCUCCCUUGGACUGCGCUGGGAGACCUUCAAGUGGCUGCAGGUUGUUGGAUUUGGUCUGCUUGUCUACUUUACCUUCCUCUUCAACGGAAUUGUGCAACCCCCGUUCCAAUUUCUUGUCCCUGAUGAAGAGGUAGAGGAGCUACUACCGGAAGAGCCGAUCGAACAUCAGUAA